UCCGCAGCUAGCUUUAAACCGGAGCAGGAAUGAACCACAAGAGCAAGAAGCGGAUCAAAGAGGCGAAGCGGAGCGCCAGACCCGAACUCAAGGACUCCCUGGACUGGACCAAGCACGGAUACCACGAGGGCUUCGACCUGUCUCACGUCACCGUGAAGGAUAACGUGGAGCGCGUGGACGCCCUCCACAUCACCCCUGAGGAGUUCAUCCAGCGCUUCGAGCGACCCUACAAACCCGUCGUCCUGCUGAACUGUCAGGAGAGCUGGCCCGCUCGGGAAAAAUGGACCCUGGAGCGCCUCAAACGCAAAUACCGCAACCAGAAGUUCAAAUGCGGCGAGGACAACGACGGGUACUCUGUGAAGAUGAAGAUGAAGUACUAUGUGGAGUACCUGGAGUCCACGAGGGACGACAGCCCGCUCUACAUCUUCGACAGCAGCUACGGCGAACACGCCAAGCGCCGCAAGCUUCUGGAGGACUACCAGAUCCCCGUCUUCUUCACCGACGACCUGUUCCAGUUCGCAGGAGAGAAGCGCCGACCGCCGUACAGGUGGUUCGUCAUGGGCCCGGCCCGCUCCGGCACCGGCAUCCACAUCGACCCGCUCGGCACCAGCGCCUGGAACGCCCUGGUUCAGGGCCACAAGAGGUGGUGUCUGUUCCCCACUAACACGCCCCGUGAGCUGAUCAAGGUGACCAGAGAGGAAGGAGGAAACCAGCAGGACGAGGCCAUCACCUGGUUCAACGCGGUCUACCCACGAACGCAGCAGCCCAACUGGCCUCCAGAGUUCACCCCGCUCGAGAUCCUCCAGAGACCCGGAGAGACCGUGUUCGUGCCUGGUGGCUGGUGGCACGUCGUCCUCAACAUGGACACGACGAUCGCCGUCACACAGAACUUCGCCAGCACGACCAACUUCCCCAUCGUGUGGCACAAAACCGUCCGAGGACGACCCAAGCUGUCCAGGAAGUGGUACCGGAUCCUGAAGCAGGAGCGACCAGAUCUCGCUGCUCUGGCGGACAAAGUGGAUCUUCAGGAGUCGACGGGGAUCGCCUCCGACAGCUCCAGUGACUCUUCAUCAUCUUCAUCCAGCUCGUCUGACUCCGACUCUGACGCGGAGUCGGGCUCCGAGGGUGACGCCAUGUCUCACCGCAGGAAGAAGAGACGGACCUGCGGGAUGACGGCUAACGGAGACACGAGCGGUCAGGACGACUGCGUCAGCAAGGAGAGGAGCUCGUCACGGUGACCCCGGGCCUCCGCCCAGCCUCCACCCGCCUCCAGCGAUGACUCCUCCCCUCACGAACACGAACACAGACCGGCUGCUUCUAGUCUAGUUUAGAGGACUGCCGGAGGAGCGGGCGGUGCUGCUGGAGACCUGCCACCACUGUGCUUUCAACACCAACCAAUCAGUACGUGUUUGUCUCUGUAGCUUCUGUAGUGACACGUGACGGACAGGUGACGGACAGGUGACGGACAGGUGACGGACAGGUGACGGACAGGUGACGGACAGGUGACGGACAGGUGACGGACAGGUGAGCUGCUUCUGGUGGUGACGGGAAGAUUUUCCAAAGUCUGGACGCAAACAAACACGUUACACAUGAAACUCUGCAGCUCGUGGUUAGCCUGCGAGCUAACCUUUUAAUUUAGUUUCAUUGAUACCAGAAACACUCGUUAGCUCAUCACUAACGAGCUCGUUAGUGAUGAGCUAACGAGCGUUUCUGUCAGCUGUGUAGUGCGUCUGCUGUCGGCCAUUUUAUUUUGUUAUUUAAGUGUUGGGCUCGAUGUAGUGCCUGAACACAAACACAGCAUGUACACGCCCCUCUAACAUUCCCACAAUGCAUCGUUCUGUAGUUUAUGAAUGCAAAUCUCCACCUGAGCAGUUUUACACACCUGACUGACAGCUGACGUCACUGCUGACAAGAACAGUUCAUUUCUUUUUAACGAGCAGCAGCUGAUUAGUCAGCCGUCCUGUAACUUAAAUAUUUUGAUGCUCAGAAUGAGAAUUAGAGAACGAACUCGUUAAAUUUAGAUCGUUGAUGUGUAAUGAGCUCCAUCUUGUAGCUCCUCCUCCUCGUGGUCGGAGGUGACGUCGUCUCUUCUCGAUGACUAAAGUCGACGCCGGAGGUGAAAAGUGUCGCAGCCUUAAUGAAACCGAACACACACAGUAUGAAAGUGUGUGUGUGGUGUGUGUGCGCUCAGGUGGAGGUGUUUCAGGUGGAGGUGUUUCAGGUGGAGGUGUUUCAGGUGGAGGUGUUUCCGGUGGAGGUGUUUCCGGUGGAGGGAGUUUGAGUGGCCAACCUUUCUGCCAUGUUGCUGUUGAUUCCCGCUUUGUGCCACAUGCUGCUGCAGGAUGUUGUUGUUGUUGUUGUUGUAGUGUCUGACAGCAGGGGGCACUACACUCCCCAGAAUGCACUGCUGCAGGGGAUGAAGAGUGAAGAGGUUUCUUCAGGUUUCAGCUUCGUGUUAAAUAAAGAUGAUUUUAAUCUUUGAUUAAUCAAACUUCAUCGACUCUGCAGCGGGUUAACGAGUCAUUAAAGCCAAAAUCAGUUUCUUCUUCUUUGGUGGUGAGCUGAAUCUCUGAUCAUCAAAUAAUGAGCAGAUUAAUCAUAAAUAAUCAUUAAAAAAUUAUUUUCUCUGAUGUGUCUUCAGAAGUUUCAGAGAUUCACUUCACUGAGGUUUCAAAUCUGAUGCUGAAUCAUUGAAUAUUAAUAAUAUUUGAUGUUUCAGCUUCAGAAAUAAUGAAUCAGAUCGUCUGUGAUGACUCUGCUGCUCGUGUCCGUCGAAGCUUCGUGCAGUUCUUCUUAAAAUCAGCCGACGACGUGAACUCUGUGCUCCAUGUGGAUCUGUUGCUUUAGACUUAAAGUGCCUAUAAAGACUUGACGGAGCGUCGGAGGUUUCUGUGUUUUUAUGUCGUUAGACGAGUUAAAGGCGCCGUGUUGGUCUCUGAGGUCGGUCACAUGGCGCCUCACGUCGAAGGUCAUGAUGAAUCUGAGACGAGCUGAUGUGAAGAAUUCAUUUUGAUGGUCAAUAAAAUUUUCUAUGACUCAAAACGUCUGAUCGUCA